UGAGCUGCGUAGCAAAGCUGACGUCUCUGCGCCCUCCCCAUGAUGGCUGCUACAAUGGCGGAGCAGGAGAGCUCCAAAGGCAGCGCCCGGAACCGGGGUGGGGUACAGCGGGUGGAAGGAAAGCUGCGGGCCAGCGUUGAAAAGGGAGACUAUUACGAGGCCCACCAGAUGUACCGGACCCUGUUUUUCAGGUACAUGUCACAGAGCAAACACGCAGAAGCACAAGAAUUAAUGUAUUCCGGGGCCCUUCUGUUCUUCAGCCAUGGUCAGCAAAACAGUGCAGCUGAUUUAUCUAUGCUUGUUUUGGAGUCUCUAGAAAAGUCAGAGGCUAAAGUAACCGAUGAGUUAUUAGAAAACCUGGCCAAAUUAUUUAGCUUGAUGGAUCAAAAUUCCCCUGAAAGAGUGGCUUUUGUAUCCAGGGCACUUAAGUGGUCGACUGGUGGUUCUGGCAAAUUAGGUCAUCCAAAAUUGCACCAGUUAUUGGCUAUAACACUAUGGAAAGAGCAAAACUACUAUGAAUCGCGUUACCACUUCCUGCACUCCUCAGACGGAGAAGGCUGUGCGAAUAUGUUGGUAGAAUAUUCGUCCACCAGGGGAUACUGCGGCGAGGUGGACAUGUUUGUGGCUCAGGCAGUCUUACAAUUUCUAUGUUUAAAAAACAAAAUUAGCGCUUCCGUGGUUUUUACAACCUACACCGAGAAGCAUCCUUCGAUAGAAAGGGGACCUCCGUUUGUACAGCCCCUCUUGAACUUCAUCUGGUUCCUCCUGCUGGCUGUAGAGGGUGGGAAAUUAACCGUAUUUACAGUAUUGUGUGAACAGUAUCAGCCCUCUCUAAGGAGAGAUCCCAUGUAUAAUGAGUACCUGGACAGAAUAGGACAGCUUUUCUUUGGUGUCCCACCUAAGCAGUCCUCUUCAUACGGAGGUUUACUGGGCAACCUACUGAACAGCCUCAUGGGAGCCGGCGAAGAUGAGGACCUAGAGGACGGCCAAGAUGAUAGCAGUCCCAUCGAGCUAGACUGAAAAGUGGCACCCAAUACUUUAUAACUCGGAGCUGCAUGAUUCUGAAUUAAAAGCGGGACUGGAGCAACAAAUUCCUGAUUCCAACCUUCAAGGGGUUAUUUGUAAACGGCUAUAAAGAGCUGUCUGCGUCCCUUCGAAUGUUUGGUCUAUACAAAUUAAAACACAUGGGUAGCAGGAGGAAAUAGUUUGAGUGAAUAUUGACAUUUGUCCGCAUUUUUUUUUUCUUUUGUUAAUUCUGAUCAUGAAUUGAAAAUACAUUUUGCAAUGAAGUGCAUAGAUCCCUACGCGUUUUGCAAGAAUGCAGGCGGCUUCUUUGUCAAAGCCAAACCGAUCAAUAUUGACAAAUUCCCUCAAUAUUAUUCAUUUUGAAUUUUAUUAAAUCCUUCUUCUUUUUCAACAUUAACCCAUAGCUUGAUUUAAAAAGUGAAUUUUCCUUGCCUCAUCCUUUGACCACAGCUGCAAGAAUUCGCAGUCGAACCUAAGGUCCAGUAUGCGUGAUAGUCUUGUUUGUGAAAUGCACAGCCAAUAUAAACCACACGUGUUAAGGUUAUUUAAAUACAAAUGGACUUUCUUUUAAUAUGCAAUAUUUAUUACAGAUAACGGAUUUGUACAUUUACCCCUUCAGUUUCCGGUACCAUGCCAGACGGUCACACUGGUAGUGAAAUUUUAUGUAAUCAAGAGCAGUAGUACUGGUACCAGCGAGGCCGACCAACUGCCAGUGCUACAAAAUAAACCAUGCAAUUUAUCUUA